UCGAAUCACGACGCGCUGAUUGGUAGUUGGCUUCGUGGCCUAGCAACCAGAAGAGGCUUAACCAAACUGUAGGAGCUAGCAGCCGAGCUAGCUACGACCGCUAGCCGCCUAAUUACGUUUUUUUCUGGAUAGCUUAAACCGUCCAGUUUCCACCAUGUCGUCCAGGACUCUGCCUCUGCUUUUCAUUAACCUCGGUGGAGAAAUGCUAUACAUCCUGGACCAACGGCUUCGAGCUCAGAACAUCCCUCCGGACAAAGCUAAUAAAGUUAUGAAUGACAUCAUCACCACCAUGUUCAAUAAAAAGUUCCUCGAAGAGCUUUUCAAGCCGCAGGAGCUUUACUCCAAAAAAGCCCUACGCACUGUGUUCGACAGGCUCGCCCAUGCUUCAAUAAUGAGACUCAAUCAAGCCAGCAUGGACAAGCUCUACGACUUGAUGACUAUGGCUUUCAAGUACCAGGUGCUUCUCUGUCCUCGGCCCAAGGACAUCCUUCUUGUGUCCUUCAACCACAUGGAUGCCAUCAAAGACUUUGUGAAAGACACUCCCAGCAUUCUCGGCCAGGUUGAUGAGACCUACCGACAGCUCAUAGAGAUGUAUACAACGUUGUCAAGUGGAGAAUUCCAGCUGAUCAGACAAACUCUCCUUAUCUUCUUCCAAGACAUGCAUAUAAGAGUGUCUAUUUUCCUCAAGGACAAAGUACAGAACUCUAAUGGCCGCUUUGUGCUUCCCACCAGUGGUCCCGUGCCUUAUGGAACGCUAGUUCCCUGCUUGAUAAGGAUGUUCAGCCGCGGUGGGGAAGAGGUGACCAGGCGGCAGUUCAGUAACGGAGGAAACUACACAGCGGCUCUCCACGAGGGAUCCUUUGAGAUAUUUGGUGACAGGGUCACCAAAUUAGGCACAAACAUGUACAGUGUAAGUCGCCCAGUGGAAACCCACAUGACAGGAACGUCUAAGAACUCUGCUCAGCACACCAAGGUCAACGUUGCUCCCAAUCCCCUCGCAAAAGAGGAGCUGAACAUGUUGGCCAAGUUGAUGGGAGGGUUGGAAAUCCAGAAGCCCGGAAAUGCCGACAACGGCUUCCGGGUCAACCUGUUCUCCACCGAUGAGGAGGAAGAAGAAGCAUUAAUAUCAAGACCAGAUGACCUUUUAUAUGGAAUCAUCAACAUCCAAGCGACAAAGGACCAGCAGGCCAAUGCAGAGCUGGCCAAGAUCAUGGGGGAGUUUGCAGAGUCUGGAGAUCAAUGUCCAAGUUCCAGCAGCAAAGGAGAUGACCUUCUGGCCAUGAUGGACGGGCUGUGACACGGCGACCCUCACAGAGAAGCCCAGGGAGAGGUGCUCAACGCGUCGUCAACACUAUGUCCGACGGAAGACCAGCCUGCCGUCUGCACCUGCAGAAACGCUGCAGAAACCUUGCAUGCAGUUAGGAAUCCUACCUCUCUGGGUGCUUUUUCAAAUGCGGAUGUUAGCCGGUGUUUCCAUUGAUUGUCGAAUGGCGAAUUUGCGCCCUUAGGUUGCUAAAGACGUCACAAGGACGCCGUAAUAUGAUGUUUGCUGUUUUAGUUAAAGUAUAGAGUGGGCUGAUGUGAUUGUAUUAAACAUAUGUGGGUUAAUGGAGUUGGACGGCUCUCGUACUCAAGAUUUAGCACAAUGUAAGUUAUACAUCUCAGUUUUAGUUUAAUUGAUUAUGUGAGGUCUGUAAUUCCAUUUUAAAUCGAAUGAACAAAUGAUGAUAUUGGGGGUAGAAUUGGAGGAAUCCCAAGUGCUCUUUCUGAUAUUUUGGUUAAAAAUAUGUUCUUCUUGCUUCAUACUCUACUUCCUUAAAACAGUAUGAGGGGCAGCAUGACAGACAUUUUUUUAACUAUCUUGUUAUCUCUAUAGUCUUGAUGUAUAGCCCAGAUGUGCUCAUUGAAGACCAUGUUAAUAUGGAGUAAUGCAAUAUAGUUUGUCUAAUAUGUAAAUAUGUUAAUUGCAUACUGUAUAUAUUUAAAUGUAUUUUUUCCUUGUAUACAUAUUGCCACAGUUGGUAAAUUGUUAAAUGUUCUGUAUAGGAUUUUUAAUAAAUGGAUGACAAAAGUGUUA